AUGCACCCGUAUCAACUAGAUACCAAGAUUGAAGGGGAACAAAAGACUAACAAUAUGCCAUAUAAGAUUGCAAAGGAGGAGGCUAAGAAAGCAGUCACUAAGGCUAAGAAUAAAGCAUUUGGAGAUAUGUAUGAGGAGUUGGAUACCAAGGAAGGGGAAAAGGUGUUGUUUAGGUUAGAUAACAUGAGAGAACGAAGUUCCAAAGACUUGAACCAAGUAAGGAGCAUCAAAGAUGAAGAGGGACAAGUUCUAGUUGAAGAAACCGAUAUCAAGCUAAGAUGGCGAAGAUACUUUGACAAACUCCUCAACGAGGCUAGAGAAGGAAAUGGUAAUAGAGAAGAAGAUGAGGAAGGACCUGACUAUGUAGGAGAACCAAUUUGGGUUUAUGCCUGGGAGGUCAACUACGGAAGCUAUUCACUUGCUAAGGAGAUUGAAGGAACACUAUAG